UUUCCUAGUUCCUAGUUUCCUACCCACACAAAAAAAAAACAAAAAUUGAAAAAAAAUAUUACAAUAAUUUAACACUCACUGACUCACAUAGAGAGAGAAAGAGAAAGCUAGAGAGAUAAACAAAAAGAGACGCCGAUUAAUGGGAGUUGGUCUGAUGGCAGCAAAACUAUGUGACUCAUGCAAGUCUGCAACAGCCACCGUCUUCUGCCGUGCUGACACGGCGUACCUCUGCAUUUCGUGCGACGCCAAGGUGCACGCAGCUAACAAGUUAGCGUCACGUCACGCGCGCGUGUGGGUUUGUGAGGUGUGUGAACACGCGCCAGCUUCAAUAACAUGUAAGGCCGACGCCGCACAUCUCUGUGUUACUUGCGACCGUGAUAUCCACUCAGCUAACCCCCUCGCUCGCCGCCAUGACCGUGUUCCUCUGACUCCAUUUUACGACCCUCUUACUCCUACUCCACCCCCUUCUGAAAACAACAAUUCUCUUCCUACCGCCGCAGCCACCGCCGCAGCGAAGUCGGCUGCUAUCAAUAAGCUAUUUGGGGACGAUUACUACUCUGACGCUGAUGAAGCCGAGGCAGCUUCGUGGCUUCUUCCAAACCCUAACAAGCAGGAUGAGCCGAAGUCGAUUGACUACUUAUUCUCUGGCGCAGCAGAUGAAGCUGAUGCAAUAGACCCGUACUUGGAUUUGGACUUUGGAGCUGAACCGAAACCCGAUCCGGAUCUAAGCGCGGACGGCGUUGUUCCGGAUCCGGAUCAAAAGGGGAGCCUCCAGCACCCGCAGCUGCAGCAUCAGGCAUCGAUGUUUUCUCUGUCCUCUUUCCACCACCAUGACGCCACCAACCCUCAUUUUGAUAGCUAUGAGAAUCCUUCUGCUGCUUGCAAGCCUUUUUCUCUCUCCUCUUUCAGUAAUCAGCCUUCUCUAAGUCACAGUGUGUCCUCGUCAUCGUUGGACUAUGGAGUGGUUCCAGAUGCGAGUGUCAUGGCCGAUGUGGCGUCGACCGGAUUCGACAAGCAGCAGCAGAUGAAAAUGAUCGGAAUGGACAGAGAAGCAAGAGUUUUAAGGUACAGGGAGAAGAGGAAGAACCGCAAGUUUGAAAAAACAAUCCGUUAUGCUUCUAGGAAGGCAUAUGCUGAAACAAGGCCUCGCAUCAAGGGUCGGUUUGCCAAGCGAACUGAUAUCGAGGUCGAGGUGUCUGCAGCUGCCGUUGACGGGCUCUUCGCCUCUGACCCCGGUUACGGCGUCGUGCCAUCCUUCUAAGGUUUGCACCAACCAACCAACCAACAGGAUCGGACUAAAAUAAGCUAAUCACGAAUGAUGUAAUGUAGUACGGAGUAUAUCUUGUGUUUUUUUUUUGUUAUUUUGUGUACAGGUAGUCUUUGAUCUUGUAGCAUAAGUUUUUAUGUGUUUUUUAAGGAGUAACUUCUAGUUUGUUGUUGUUGAUAAUGAUGAUCAAAGUUUUGUUGUGAUUAUCUAAA